AGGCCGGGCCCGGGGGGCUCCGAGAAGGAUCGGGGGAAGGGGGCAGCCCCCGGCCCCCCGGGCCGCGCCGCCAGCGCUGCCGGGCCCGGCCGGCCCGGGGCGGGAUGGAGGUAACGGUGGGAGGGGGCGGCAGGGCCCUUGUGACAGCCCUUUCUCUCCCCAGCUCCUGGAUUUUCCUACCUCCUCCGGUAAAUAAAUAAGAAACUUACAUCGCGCCCGGCGUCGGCGGAGGCCGGAAGGAGCCGGAGGCCGUCCCCGUGCCCACCUGGAGCGCAGGUGUGAGGAUGGGCCUGGCCGCGAUGCCCAGCCAGGCUGCCCUCGGGAGCGGCAGUGGGAGGCAGUGGAGCUGGCCUCGGCAGCGGGAGAGGCUGGACUUCCCGUGUCUCUGUGCUGAAUGGCUGCGAUGGCGCCCGCUCUCACUGACGCAGCAGCCGAAGCUCACCACAUCCGAUUCAAGCUGGCUCCCCCGUCCUCCACCUUGUCACCUGGCACUGCCGAGAGCAACGGCAACGCCAGCAACAUCCUCCUGGCUGCCAACGGCACCAAAAGGAAAGCCAUUGCUCCGGAGGAUCCCAGUCUAGAUUUCCGAAACAACCCUACGAAGGAAGAGCUGGGCAAGCUGCAGCCGCUAGUGGCCUCUUAUCUCUGCUCGGAUGUAACAUCUGUCUCUUCAAAAGAGCCUCUGAAGCUGCAAGGAGUCUUCAACAAGCAGACAGUCCUUAAAUCUCACUCUCUCUUAUCUCAGUCCUUUUUGAAAACAAGUGAUCUGUUGGGGAGGCAACCAGUGUUGGAAUUCACUUUGGAGAAUCUAAAAACAAUGAGUACUAGUAGCCAGCCACCUCUCCCACAAGCGCCUGUGAAUGGCUUGGCCAAGAAACUGGCCAAAAGUACCAAUUCAGACCAUGAAAACUCUAGUUCUCUGAAUGGUGGGAAGUGUGCUCCUCCUUCUGCUGCCCUCCAGACUGUUGACUAUAAUACAGGAGGUUCCGAACUGGGGGACUUGAAGACCGGGUUGACCAAUUGCACUCUUCCACAUAGAAGCCUUGAUGCAGAGCACGCAACUCCCUUUAGCAAUAACAGCACUGCAAAUAAAUCUUCCCUUAAUUCCGCAGAGCAGCAGUGGGUGCUCGAGGGCAGCAGUGGGGAGCCGCGGGUGCCCGGUGGCGCGAGUCGCUCCGACUUCGGGAGCAGUAAGCUGGAGGAGCAGAAACCUUCUGUGCUGGCCGGUCACCAGAGCGCUCUGGACUCCGAGAUGAGGACGAGGGCCCUGCUGCGGCGGCAGGCAGACAUCGAGAGCCGAGCCCGGCGGCUGCAGAAGCGCUUGCAGGUGGUGCAGGCGAAGCAGGUGGAGAGACACAUCCAGCAGCAGCUGGGCGGCUUCUUGGAGAAAACGCUGAGCAAGCUUCCAGCUUUGGACCCCCUGAGGCAUCGGAGCCAGUUGAUGCUGACCAGAAAAGCCGAAGCAGCCUUGAGGAAAGCUGCGAGCGAGACAGUUACUUCAGAAGGCCUGAGCAACUUCCUGAAGAGUGAUUCGAUAUCAGAGGAACUGGAGAGAUUCACAGCCAGUGGCAUGGCCAACCUGCGCUCCAGCGAGCGCGCCUUCGACUCGGAUGUCACGGACAGCAGCUCGGGGGGAGAGUCGGAUGUUGAGGAAGAGGAACUGACCAAAGCAGACCCAGAACAACCCCACGUACCACUGAGGCGCAGGGCAGAGUGGAGGUGGGCAGCGGACCGUGCCGCCAUCGUCAGCCGCUGGAACUGGCUCCAAGCCCACGUCUCGGACCUGGAGUACCGGAUCCGGCAGCAGACGGACAUCUACAAGCAGAUCAGAGCCAACAAGGGGCUGAUUGUUCUCGGGGAGGCGUCGCCCCCUGAGCCUGCAGUAGAUGAUCCAUCCCGUCCUGUUCGAGCUGAGGUGAAGCUGGAGCCUGGGGCUGAGCGGCUGAGUGUGUCUGGAUCUCAGCCCCUAGAAAACGUGGGUAUUUCUGCUGCAAAUACUCCUGAAUCCCAUCCCACCAAGCCCUGUGGAGCACCCAGACCCGUCAAUGGAGUUAUUAACACUCUGCAGCCUGGCCUGGCAGAACACGCUCAGGGAGAGGGCCAGGAGGCCGAGGAGCUCCUGCACAAGAGGCAGCGCCUGUCCCUGCUCCCCGCGGACGGGACGUGCGUGGCCGCUCGCACCCGCCCCGUCCUCAGCUGCAAGAAGCGGCGGCUCGUCCGACCCAGCACCAUCAUGCCCCUUUCCAAAAAGGCGCUCCGUGCCAGCCUGGCGCGCCCCAGCUGCGACGUCAACCCCUCGUGUGCCCUGUGCGGCGCCCGCAGCUCCACCGCGCUGGAGAUCCAGUACGAUGCCCCUCUGCUGGAGCGCCUGUCCCAGCUGGACUCCUGCAUCCAUCCUGUCCUGUCAUUCCCAGACGAUGUGCCCACGAGCCUGCACUUCCAGAGCAUGUUGAAAUCCCAGUGGCAGAACAAACCCUACGAGAAAACUAAACCUCCCAAAAAGCUGUCUCUGAAGCACAGAGCCCCCGUGCCCCCCAGCCUGGCUGACCCCGCGCGCAAGGACCGCCACAAGCUGGUCAACUCCUUCUUCACCGCGGCCAAGCGCUCCCAUCAAAAAGCCCAAGCAGACAAGGCACACAGGCCGCCUUUAGACGAUUUUUCGGCCGUGGCCAAGGCCGAGAGAGCGCCAGAGCGCUCUGCCCAGCCUCCUGCCUUUGACAAAAAGCGAUUGCGAGACUGCUCAUCUGAGAGGAGUGAAGUGUUGAAGCAUCACACGGACGUCGGUGGCCCGAGCUACCUGUCAGCAGCUGUGACCCCCACCCCUCACAGCCCCAUAGCUCGGCAGCUCUCCACCUCCUCCGAGGGCUCAGCUCCUGCCAGCUCCUCUUCCCAGGGCACCUCUGGCACUGCUCAGCCGAGGAGGAGGAGGGGCGAGAGCUCCUUUGACAUAAACAACAUCGUCAUCCCCAUGUCCGUGGCUGCCACGACCCGCGUGGAGAAGCUGCAGUACAAGGAGAUCCUCACCCCCAGCUGGCGUGAAGUUGAUAUCAGUGCUCUGAAAGCCAACCCUGAGGAGGACAACGAGGAGGUUGAGGACUUGUCAGAUUCAGCCUUUGCUGCUCGGCACGGGAAGUGUGAGGAGAUGGAGCGAGCGCGGUGGCUGUGGAGCACGAGCGUCCCCCCGCAGCGCCGGGGCAGCAGGUCCUACAGAUCAACAGACGGACGGACGACCCCCCAGCUGGGGAACCCCUCGACUCCCCAGCCAGCAUCCCCUGAGGUGGGCAACUACCACUCCCACCUGGAGCUGUCCCACACCCACUCACCACGCAGCCCCAUCAGCCCCGAACUGCUCUGUGCCCCCCUGACGCCCCUGUCCCGGGACUCUCUGCGGCUCCUGUCCAGCGAGGACACGCGUUGCUCCACGCCCGAGGCCGGCCCGGACGAGCAGGCCGUGCAGCCCUGGGAGCGCCGCACCUUCCCGCUCUCCUACGACCCCCGGACGGAGUGCGAGGAGCAGCCCGACGCCCAGGACCGGCUGUCGCGCUGCACCCGCCGCACGUCGGGCAGCAAAUCCUCCCGGGAAUGCGAUGGCACUUCGGCUUCGCCCGGCCUGGCCAGCCUCAAGAGCCGAAACCCGCUGGCCCCCCCUUCCUCCUCCUCUUCCUCCUCUUCCUCCUCCUCUUCCUCCUCCUCCUCCUCCUCCUGCUCCGCAGUCCUGCGGCCAGCGCACAGAUAGAGACACACGGGGAGACAUGAGCAAACCAACACACAGAACUAACUCUUGGCAUUAAAGCUUCCAAAAUCUGCGUUUGAUAUUCAAACAUCCUGCCGGGAAUUUUCACAGUUUUUAGUGAAUUUAAGGAGUUUAGAAACUGUUUUUUGUUUUCUUUUUUUUUUUUUUUCUUUGUUUUCUUUUUUUUUCUUUUUUCUUUUUUUUUUUCCUUCUCCGUGUUUCCUCGUCACAUGAAUGACCCCCAGAUUCCUCCCAGUGGAGUGAAGCCUCGGGAGGGGAGCAGCCCACCAGACCCCCUCCCCUCUCCUCCCUCCUUUAGGUGUAUAAAACUAGAGCACAGGAUUUAGCUGACUAGCAGAUUUCGGGGAUAGUUUUUCCCAACAAAAGGGUGUCGUUUUCUCUUAACCCACUCCCCCCACCCUGAAAGGUUUUAGUGGAGUGAAAUUAGUGGUGAAAAGUGAUGUCUUGGGAUUGCAACCUUCACUGUCUGGCUGUCCUCACCUGCAGAGUGCCCACCUGCACUUCCACCCUCCUGGAUUUUCCUGCCCCAGGUUGUAGUUCCAGGUAUCCCAAGGGGGUUUCUGUUCCUCCCUGAUCCUCCCUCUGCCCCUGGGGACACCUUCCCCUUCCUUCUCCCCUGGUUUGGAGCAGUGGCUGUGGCCGUUCCCAGCAGGGGGAAAGGAGGGAUCUCGUGGUGCUGCACAGGGGUGGGAGUUGGAAGCAGCUCGUGCACUCCCGCUGCGUUUGGAGGGCAGGGAGGGGAAGAGCCGGCGAUGCUCGGAGCAGGAGCAGAAUUCCCGGGGCCCUCGGAUGCCCUUGGGGUGAGGCUGUGCAGCUGGAACGGGGCUGAGGCCGGUGCUGGAGCUGUGCCCUCGCUGGGGGCUCGGGGAGGCGCCGGCCGGGGUCCCGCAGGUGGGUUUGUGCCAGACAAGGGGGAUCAGAGAGGGAAGGAUGGAGGCAGGAGGCGGCUCCUGGGGGAUCGGGCUCAUCCCGAACCCACCUGGGGUCACCACAGCUUCGCUCCACUCCCGCACCGUCCCAGCACCGGGGGCGGUUCCGUUUCGUUUCCGGGCGCUGGCGGCGCCCGCUCCUGACAGGUUUUGAGUUUGUUCCUCCCCGUCCCCUCCCGCCCGGUUCCGCACCCGCAGAGAUCCCGGACCCCACACGCCGUCCCCACCCGUAACGCUUCCUGGUCCUGACGGUGUGGCUCCUGGGCCUGUCCUGUUGCUAGCAUUGUGCCUGUCUUAUGUAUAAUCACAUCACCAAAAAAAAAACGGAAAAAAAAAAUACAAAGGACUUUUUUUUUUUUCCAUUUUGUAAUCGUAAAGAAAUAGUCGCUGAACUGCUUCAUGGUCGGGGUUUUCACAAUUUUCAACAUGAUCUCGUGGUUUUGGUUCUGUUCUAGUUUAAGGGAUCCGUCAUUGUUUCUUUAAAACAAAAACCCAACAAACAGCGCUACCAUAUCCCUCUGCAGAAGUGCUUUUCUAUUUAUAAGGUUGAAAAUUCUGAAUAACCCUUUUAGCAUUAUAAAAACCACACAAAAAAAAAACCCACCUUGUAUUUUGUAAAUAUUUUCUUUUCCUGCUUUGAGCUGUGUAAUGUCCUUGUUAUAUAGAAAUGCUUUUCUUCCGAGAAGCUGAUCUUUGUUAAUGUCUUGAUUCUGUUGG